GCCUUUGUGCAAAGAGCUAUCGCAUUGAUGCACCAGACGCAGCUUUGGCACGAGCAUCGUGACCUUUAGGCAACACAGCAGCUGUGCUCCGAUCAAUGUGGCGCGCGAGGCAUGUGGCGUCAUGUGCCGCUGCUGCCUGGAUCGGCAGCCGCGCGUCCGCGACGCCAGGACACCCUGCACUCAAGCAUGGCACUCCAAUAAGCCAUCGCACGCGCUACGACGAAAACUACGUGGUGCAUUUUGACCAGCGAGCGCGAGACCCUUUGUGGGUGGUCGAGCGGCUGACGAAGCAGCGGCUCGACGCCGAGGCCGAGCACCCGCCAGGCCGCCGUGACGCGCGCUAUCUGGAGGCCGCAGACGUGCCUGCCCGCCUGCGGUCGCGGCUCGCGCACUACAAGCACAGCGGAUUCGAUCGAGGCCACCUCGCGCCGGCGGCGGAUCACCGCGGCUCCAGAGACGCUGUGCAGUGCCGAGGCGGCGUCCUCGAUUGCGUCGAUGGCGUCCCGGAGAAGCGUCAACCUCCACGCCAUCGAGCAAUGUCUCGCGCAGGUCGACGUUCUACCUCGACAACAUGGCGCCGCAGGAUAGUCUUCUCAACCGAGGACCCUGGCUGAAGCUUGAGGAGCUCUGCCGGAGCGUCGCUCAAGUCGCCGACGAGGUCUACGUCGUUUCAGGGCCGCUAUUUCUGCCCGAACGAGAAAAGGACGGUCUGCGCAUGCGGCAUCGUGUGCUCGGCAGCCCGCCGAGCGUGACCUGGGUCCCGUCGCAUUUUUUCAAGGUGGUGCUCGCCGAGCGAGGUGGCGUUUCGUACAUCGGCUGCUUCGUUUUACCGAACGGGAAGUGCGACGACGACCUCUCAAGAUGGCUCGUACCACUGGAGAACUUGGAAGCCGCCGCAGGACUGAUUCCGUUCCCCGACGCGCUCACCGACGAAGCCGCGCGCGACGCCCUCGCCGCGGCGGAGGCGCACUGGUGCCCGCGCGGCGCCGGCGUCAAUGCCGGCGUCGCGCGCGAACGGGCCGACAUUCGCCAUCUCUGCGACCUCCUGCCCGCAAACGCGCUCGCCGCGCGGAAGGCGCUCCCGCCGUAG